AUGAUCCGUUUUAUUCUUAUCCAAAACCGAGCUGGUAAAACUCGUCUUGCUAAAUGGUUUAUGAACUUUCACGAUGAUGAAAAACAAAAGUUAAUCGAAGAAGUUCAUGCUUUAGUCACUGUCCGAGAUGCCAAACAUACGAAUUUUGUCGAAUUUCGCAAUUUCAAAAUAGUCUAUCGUCGUUACGCUGGUUUAUAUUUCUGUAUAUGUGUUGAUGUCAAUGAUAAUAAUCUGGCAUAUCUUGAAGCAAUACACAAUUUCGUCGAAGUACUUAAUGAAUUUUUCCAUAACGUGUGCGAACUUGAUUUAGUCUUUAAUUUUUACAAAGUUUAUUCGGUUGUCGAUGAAAUGUUCUUGGCUGGUGAAAUUCGCGAAACAAGUCAAAUCAAAGUUCUAAAACAAUUAACUACUUUAACAUCACUUGAAUAA